AUGGCGAGAGCUCUUAAACGUAGUUUCUGGGAGGAACUGUGGAGUUGUGGGGGUGAUCCGCUAAUACCUUGGAUUAUUUGUGGAGAUUUCAAUGCCAUCUUCUCGGUGGAGGACAAACCUUCGGGGGCUUAUAACCUCCAAGAGAUUUGCAAUGCGAACCGGUUUAAAUGGGACUUGCGGUUAUGCAAACCACCUGCGGUUGGCAGGAAAUUCUCUUGGACAAAUGGGCAAUCAGACCCUAUUUGGGUGAAGUUGGAUCGUUUCCUAGUGAAUAGCUGUUGUUCUGACAGGUUUCCACGUAUGCUGCAAAAAAGCCUUCUGAGGCUGGGUUCAGACCAUCUUCCUAUUCGACUCGAAGUGGGUGGCCAUUUCUCUUUGCCGAGGUCGUUCAGGUUUGAGAAAGUGUGGUUUAUGGCUGAUGGGUUUCGAGAGAUGAUUCAGAAGUGGUGGGAAGACUUGGCUCCUACAGGUUUUGGGGCCUUCGUGAUUUCCAAAAAGCUGGCAGGGCUUAGAAAGCGUCUGAGGGUGUGGGCUAAGGAGAGUUUUGGGUCUAUCAAACUCAAAAAGUUGAAUUUGUUACAAGAGUUGGAGAGUUUGGACAUCAUUAAGGAAUCCAGGUGUCUUCUGCCUAAUGAAGUUGUCUUCGAACAACACCUUUUGAAAUCGCUUGAGACUAUUCAUAAACAAGAGGAAAUCUACUGGCGCCAAAGAUCCAGGCUCCAGUGGUUAGAAGAAGGUGACGGUAAUACAAAAUUUUUUCCAUGCGGUGGCAAACGAGAGGAAUUGCCGGAAUCUUAUUCCUGGGGGGACAAAGCUCCUGGGUCGGAUGGGUUCCCAAUCUUUUUCUUCAAACAAUCAUGGGAGACUGUCAAGGAGGACAUUUUCAAGCUUUGUGAGGAUUUCUAUGAUGGUAGAGCUAACUUGGAAAGGAUUAACUGGGCGAACAUUGCGCUCAUUCCCAAGGUGGAGUCGCCGGAACAUCCUAGGGACUAUAGACCUAUCAGCCUGGUCAAUUCGUCACUCAAAAUUCUAUCCAAGAUUUUGGCUACUCGGUUGGGAAAAGUAAUGGAUAAGUUGGUGGACCAUGCUCAAUUAGCCUUCUUGAAAGGUCGAUGCAUUCUGGAUAAUGUGGCUACUGCGGAGGAACUGACUUUUAGUAUGAAAAGGAGAAGACUGCCUGGGUAUAUCCUGAAAGUUGACUUUGCUAAGGCUUUUGACCUCGUGGAUUGGGAAUUCCUUCUGGAACUUCUCAAGGCCAGGGGUUUCGGGGAUAAGGGAUUGCGUCAGGGGGACCCUUUAUCUCUGUUGCUGUUCAUUCUGGUCACCGAUAUGCUCAGUGUGAUGUUUAACCAUGCCCUGGAAUCUAAGGGUGGUCUGGAGGAUCUCAGAAUUGUUAAACUCAUUCUGUAUAUCUUUGAGGUCUGCACGGGUGUUGUUCCUGAGAAAGCAGCGGUUUUAACCAUGAACUGCGCAACUGGGCUUCUACCGGUAAUAUUUUUGGGCAUUCCUAUCUCUGGGGGCAGACCGCGCAAGCAAGACUGGGAGAGGCUUAUUGCGAAAGUGCGACAUCGUCUAUCCUCUUGGAAGUGUAGACAGCUAUCUCUUGGAGGUCGGCUUAUGUUGGUGAAUUCAGUUCUAUCCGUAAUUCCAACAUGGUGCAUGGGCAGGGCUCCUAUGAAUAUUUGGCCUGAACUUUUUAGUAUGAGCGCUCAGCAGAAUGCUACUUUCAAUGAUUUGGGUCACCUACUAGGGGAGCAGCCUUUCUGUGAGGAGGAGUAUAUUGUACAAAUACGGGAAAAAUGGAGGUCAAAUGGGAGGGAGGAGAAGGAUAAAAAGAGAUGGUUUCUUAUUGGCAACCGUGUGUUCUCGAAGAAUCGCAUUCUAUUAUUAGAAAACCUGGAGAUAAGGCGGUGUAACACCCUCCCAACUGCUACAUGUGUCAUGUGCCAUGCUGGAGUUGAAUCAGUCGAUCACCUGUUCCUUCAGUGUUCAUUUGCUAGGGAGGUGUGGGGUUCCUUUUGCAGGAUGCUGAGUUUUCCUGAACCCCCAAAUUCUAUUAGGGACCUAUGGCUUGACUGGCGAGGUUCGAUGAGACCGGCUCUUCGUCUCUCAGUGGACCUAGUGAUUAAAGCGUUAGUUUGGAAUAUUUGGCUAGCACGCAACGAUAGAAUUUUUAAUGCUAAAAUUCUCUCUACACACUGCACUGUUCUAAGUAUUAAUCGUAUGAUUUUGUCAUGGUUCGAUGCUCUUGCAGAUAACGCCAAGACGAAGGUGGAAGAUACUAUGGCUGCGGUCAAGCGUAGCCUUGAGUUCGUUGGUCCGAGGAGACAGAUGGAUAGUGAGGUUGAUACUGCCGAGGAGGCACUCGAGCAUACUGAGGAGUAG